AUGUCCAAAGUAGUGAUAUUUGACAUUGGAGGAGUUUUAGCAAGCGAUGGGUACAAUGAAGUCAUUGACAGACUCUUCGGAAACGACAUCAUACCUGCAGACAAAUAUGCAAAGAUCAUGAAAUCGGGAAACGAGGCUUGGAAAAUAUACAAAUACGGAGCAAUGAACGAAGAACAAUUUUGGCAAGCUGUUAUUGAUCCAAACUUUUCCAUCAUCGUUGAACACUUGGAUUGUCUGCACGGAUUUCCAAAAGAAAAUUUAGAUAAUGAAGCCAUUGUAAAAUCCAAUUUGAUGCAAUACCUGUCAAAAUUCUUGCGAGACCAAUUGAUUCUCUUCAGAAACACUGUCGAUUUAAUUGAAUCAAUUUUUGAAGACAUCUCCAAAUAUCCAACACUGGAAGCAAUCGGUAUUUUGUCUAAUCAUUCCAAAGAGUGGUCUCACUACAUUUAUCAUGAAUUGGCAGGAGGAUCACUCGCCAAAUUAUUUGAAAAGAAUUUAGUUAAAAAAGGAACACAUUGUGAAGACUUGAUUGUGUGGUCUUGCGAUGUCAAUCAUGCAAAACCUGAAAAGGAAAUUUAUGAAAUCCUUCUUGAACGAAUUCGAAAGCAUGUGAACAGUGAAAUUGAUCCAUCACAAGUUUGCUUCAUUGAUGAUAAGGACAGAAAUAUUGAGGCUGCUCGACAACUUGGCAUUUCCACUAUUCAUUUUGAUGCCUCCCUUCCAGAACAAUUUGAUUUUGCUAUUUUCAAGCAAACACUUGAGGAAUUUCUUAGUCAAUAA